AUGGGCACCGCAGUCACCAAGCGCGGCGUCGUCGUCAAGCAGUUUGGCCUCACUGCGCUCUAUCAAACAUCCAGUCCGGCCGUCGAUAUCGUGUUUGUCCACGGCCUCAACGGCUCGUCGUACCAUACCUGGGCCACCAAAAAGUCCCCCGAAGUCUUCUGGCCGUCCGACCUGCUGCCAGAGGCCCUGCGCGGCGUCGAGGCCAGGAUCAUCACCUACGGCUACGAUGCGAAUGUCACCUCCUUCAGCGGCGGGACGUCCAAGGACAAGCUGCAUAACCAUGCUGAGCAUCUCAUCUCCAGCCUGUGUGCCCUGCGGAACAGCACUAAGUCGACCGAACGGCCCAUCGUCUUCGUCUGCCACUCGCUGGGCGGCCUCGUCGUGAAAAAGGCCCUUUGCUGCUACACCAGAGUCAGCCACCAGUAUACCCAGCAUCUGCGCUCCAUCUACAUAUCUACAUACGGCAUCCUCUUCCUGGGGACGCCGCACAACGGAUCCAGCAUCGCCAGGACCGCCAGCACGGCCCAGUCCAUCAUCAGUACUGUCAUCCCAAAAUGGCUGCUCUCGACCUCCCCGCAGCUCGUCCAGGUCCUGCAGAGCGAUAACGAGCACCUCCAGGUCAUCAACCGCGAGUUCGUGCAGAUCAUGAACCGCUUCCACAUCUACUUCUUCCACGAGUCCAAGCCCAUGGACAUCGGCAGCACUCGUGCCUUCAUCGUCGAGGAGUCCUCUGCCGCACCUGUCUGGGACGGCGUCGAACGCAUGGGCAUCGAGGCCGACCAUGGUGCCAUGUGCCGGUUUGCUGACAAGAACUCCCCGGGCUACGACACCGUCACCGAGGCCAUACGGCGGUACGCAUCCACAGCCGGCCCUACUAUUGUUACUCGCUGGCAGCAGGCGAAGCAGGAGUACCUCCUCUCCGUACAGGCUGGACUCCAGGUUCAGCAGCUGAACGUCGGCAGCACCCUCGACCUUCAAACAGAUGCACACGACCCUCUAGAUAUCUCUACCCACUCUCUACCAGGGCCACACGACUCUAUUUACACCAACCCAGAUGCCAUCCGCCACGCAAACCGGCCUCUGUUGCUAGACCAGAAGGAUGAAACUGUGGUGACCGUCAGCCCUCCUGGCUUCCACCCCAAUUCUGUCUUUCUCGGGAUGCAAGACGAGAUGGACCAGCUGCGGAAAGUACUAUCUGACGAACGGAAACGGGCCCAGGGGCCUGUCGCUGUUCUGAUACAUGGAGGCCCAGGCUGUGGAAAGUCCCAUUUGGCCAGACAGUACAUGUACGAUCAUGAGACUCUAUACCCUGGUGGCAUCUUCUGGAUCGAUGGCAAGUCCAAGGAGUCUCGUCUCAACGGAAUUUGGGAAAUUGCCGUCGCUGCCUCCAUACUCCUAGAGGACCAGAAAGACCGAGACCCACGGUGGCUGAUGGCCCAUAAGUACACAGCAAAUGUCAAACGGUGGCUGGAAAGCAGAGACAACUGGCUGCUUGUCUUCGAUGGCCUCGCCUUCGAGGUAGAAGAAGACUUGGACGAAUUUAGAAACUUCCUCCCCUUCAAGCCGAAUACCAGCAUCAUCUACACCUCCGUCGACCGCACACUACGCCAGAAACAGCGUCUCUACGAACCAUACGGCCUUGGAGUUCAACCUCUAGCCGUGGACGCCGCAUGUCAGCUGCUCUUCUGCGAGCUGGGAAUCUCAAAUGCAAGCCCAAGACAGGCCCAAAAGGCCCGAGAGCUGGUCAAGUACUACGAAUGCUUGCCGCUCGCCAUCCAUGCCCUGGGUCAUCGCCUCAACGCCAGUGGGAAACCACUAGAAACAUACCAACCUGGCUCCCACUUGACUGAUCUGCGUCUCGCUGAGCCGUACAGAGGGAUAAUGACGGAUCUUAGCUCUAACGAGUACACAGAGGCUCUGCAGUUAAUCUAUAUCCUAUCCUUCUUCGGACACAACGUCCCCGUUGGCAUGAUCCACCUCGGCCGCAAGGCUUUGGCAGAGUACAAAGUCGAAAUCCGGACGCUGGAAAGAUACGGCAGUACCGAGAGGCACAUCGAUAACACGUUUGCCAUCCUCAUCAGGUACGGCCUGAUUGAGCGCUCCUUUGACGCUUACACCGAACUCGCAGCUACCCCCACAAGUGAAAUCGAUAGAAGAGGUAUGGAACGCCGCCCAACGGAUCCAGCAAGUUCGCAAGGUGCCUCUUCCCACGAGGGCAUGAUGGGCAGACCACGAACAGAAAUCGAUGUGCUCAAGAUUCAUUCCGUCGUCCAGGGCUUCUGCCGCGAUGAACUCAUCGUCGAAGGCGCAAAGCAUUUCUGGUACUGGCUGGGCAUCGCUACAAGCCUGUUCUGCCUCUCCUAUAAGAACGCCACUACUCAGAUAAGGGCAGUUAAGAAUGCAGGUCUUGUCAGGGACUACCGUGAGUAUCAAACCCACGCAAAGCGUCUAAUGCGCCACUACCGGACCAAGCUAGACAAAUCAGAGGUCAACCUGGAACUUCACCACGACUGCUUGAAAAAGAUGCUACUUGAUAUCGAAGAGGAGAUCAGGCACCGAUCGCCUGGCUCAUCCCAGGAAUGGUGCCGUCACCAGAGAUCAAUCUUUGACCAUACAAACAGCAUGUCAUCCUUCUCCGACUCUAUAGCCAGCACGUCUACCAAGUCCUGGGAGCGGGAACUAGGAACCGACUGCACCGACUCUCCAUUGGAGAUAGGCUCGCCGCAAAGUAUCAUUCAACCUGACUCUGUUUUCCAUGGCAACAUCAAUGUCGGCGCCACGAACACAACCCAAGAUAUUGGUACUGAUAAUGUGUCUGCUGUUGACAUGUCUCCAUCUCUGUCCAACAACACUGUGGUUCCAACGCCGAAAAUUCCCCAGGAAGAGCGUGUUAGUACUCCUGCGAAGAAACGAGGUAGCUUCCUUUCUGCUAUUAAUGCUAUUAAGGAGCCCCUGAAAAAAUUGAAAGAACAACGGAAGAAUCUUGGGGAGAUCCGACCAGCAACACCUACUGUCUCUGUAUCCGAUGGCUCGCGACGGGACAGUUCAAUCAUAGUCCACGGCAGCCCCAGCCACAGAAAGCAAUCUGAUGCUGAAUCUGCUAACAAACCAACGUCUCCGCUGGCACAGCAACAAGUUACAGCUUCAUCUCCAACGAAUGCUGGCACUAGCGCCAGCCCGGCUCAAGCCAGGCCUGGACCCGCUAACCAGGGCAACCAAGGUCCAUCUUAUGCUGCCGUCGCAUCUGGAACGGCUCAUGCGGGGACGAAGCCACCACCACGGCCAAAGCACCCAAGUAUGCCACCGCGUCCAAUGCACAAGGAUAGCCCUCCGAUACCAGAUGCUGAAGAAAUAAAACGCCUAUCAGCUUCUAUGAUGGGGGGCACCGAGAUGAGCCUGUCCCUGUCAACUCACAGUGACCCUGGCCUACCAUAUCCUCGACGCAUUUCUGGAUCUGAUCGAGGCUCGCCAACGACUCCACACUCUCCCUUCGGAGACCAUGAUUAUCAGCGGCCGCCGAUAGCAAAUCAGCAGCAUUUCAGCGAUUCCAAUGUUGGCCCUACCUUUAUGGGGCCAAACCCCUUACCAAUGCCGUAUGAGCCGAACGUCCAAAUUACUCAAAUGCCACCACGUCGGUCGUCAGCAAUCACGCCGCCCCUGCGCGCCGUCGGUUCCAGGGGCAGCCUUCCCCAUGGCUACUCGUCCCAGCCUAUGACCCGGGAACACUCUGGGCUAUCUCACCAGUCACUUCAAGCAGAAACCGGAAGAUUUGCAUCCCGCUCAUCAUCUUCAUCGGCGCCUCGCGCAGCUUCCUUUUCCCAUUCUAACAGGGGCGUAAUUAUACCCACAUUGGAUACCCGAAUGAGAUACCCAGCCAGUGAAUGUGCAGUCGAAUCAGCCACAACAACACCAACGUUAGACGAAAGCCAGUCAUUACCGCAACCGAGCAUUCUUUCGGGGCCAGGCUUCAUGGUCGACUCAGGUGAUGGCAUCAGCAGAAGUCUAAUCGAAUUCAAUGUUGUACAAUAUACACCCCAAAUCCGCUUCGGCGAACUUGACCCCGUCAACGUCGACGCUGCUAGGCAGCGGACUGACAGAGCAUUGGCUGAUAGAGCGCUCAGACAAGAACAACUGAUACGCCACGCAAGGGCCCAGGCACUAGCACAGGCACAAGCCAAAGCACAGGUCGCACCUUAUCCCGACCGCAACAUGAUGCCAACCGCUAGUGAUCCGCAGCAGCUGGCUGCCAUGAUGCAGCCUGGCUUCACUACUCCACAGCAACGAGCGGAACAAGUUCGCCAGGAAGGAGCUAGAACAACCCGGCUCAGAAGCGGCAGUACUCCCCAGGUACGAGACUGGACUGGUUUAGGCAUCAAUCAUCGCUCCCCUUGA